GACACAUCCAGCUGCUGUGGCGCCGCGGGUCUGCCAGCGGAGAGACGCGCUACCUUUACCCUGGUGGCGGACCGCUUGGCCCGGCAUGGACGAGCAGGCUGGCCCAGGGGUGUUCCUCAGUAGCUGCGGUAAGGUGCCCCAGCAGGAUGAGGCGGCGGUCGGAGGAGAGGCGGCCAGGGCCCGCUACAACGUUCCGGAGAUAUUACGGUACAUGCAACACGAGUGGGCGCGCUUCGAGCUCGAGAGGGCGCGAUGGGACGUGGAACGCGCUGAACUGCAGACCCAGGUCUCCCUCCUCCAGGGAGAGAGGAGGGGGCAGCAGAACCUGAGGAGAGACAUGCUGAGGAGGAUCAAGAUGCUGGAAUACACACUGAGCAGGGAGAGGACCCAGCACCAGGGCCUGGGCCCCGGACCCCUGCAGUGCCAUGUCAGGACCCCCACUUAUGAUUCAGAUGAAGAAGAACCUCCCCCCUCCCCUCCCACCACCGCCCAUCAGCUGAACUGGAGUCAGGGAAGAGAGCUGCUCACCCAAUACCUGCAGGAGGUGGGCUGCACUGGGGUCCUCCAGGAGGUGGGGUCCCAGAGACUGAGAGACCUGCUGGGUCUGGGUCCUCCAGACCCGGACCACAGAGUCCUGCCGGGCCUGGGUCCUCCAGACCAGGUCCUUAGAGAGAAACACCACCCGGAUAUGAUCAGCAUGGCGGACAUCAUAGCGGUCCUGGAGGAGAGUGUCAGCGACGAAGACGAGGAGGAAGAACAAACAAAACACACCUCAGAGCUGGACUCUAGGUCUUCCACCCCGACCUCCACGACCUCUGACCUCAGUGAUGACCCGGACAUGGAGGGGGCUCUGAGAGAGUUUGACUUCCUGAACCGACCGGCCGCGCUGGGCGGGUCUGUAGAGGACGCCAGCCAAUGGGUGGACGAGGGGCGUGGCCCAGGGGGCGGGGCGUGGCAGGUGGACCAGCGAAUCAUCAGCCAGCUGAAAGAAGAAUACAGGAAAGAACGCAGGGGGAGGAAAGGAAUGAACAGGCCGAACCGCUCCAAGCUGCAGGACAUGCUGGCGCACCUGGUCGACCCGGAUGACGGGGUGCUCCCACCCAGCUCCACCCCCCCGCUCCCUGACCUCGGACCCCCUGGGGUCCCGGAGCUGGAAGACACACACCCCGGAGAAGUAGGGUUGGCCCUGGGUGGGUCCAGCGAGGUCCUAGCCUUUGACCAGGGGCUGGCAGAUUUGACCAACGAGGCCCUUAGCCCCACCUACCAGACGGCCCCAAGCGGAGAGACGCUGCUGAAGACCUGGAAGCACAAGGUCACCCUCAGGGGUCACCUGGACGCCCUCCACGGCCUGACCUUUCACCCCGUGGAGCCCCUGCUGCUCAGCGCUGCGGCCGACCACACCCUCAAACUCUGGAACCUCCACAAGACCACGCCCACCAAGAAGUGUGCUGCCCUGGACCUGGAACCAAUCUACACCUUCAGGGCCCACAGCGGAGCGGUGCUGAGUGUCACCAUGAGCUCUACAGGAGAGCAGAUCUUCAGCGGGGGGGUGGACGGCACCAUCCAAAGCUGGAACACCCCCAGCCUCAACACGGACCCCUACGACCCAUAUGAGCCCUCCGUCCACCAGGGGGCACUGUGUGGUCACUCUGACGCCGUUUGGGGUCUGGUCUACUGUGCCCCCCACCGCCGGCUGCUGUCGUGCUCGGCUGACGGGACGCUCCGCCUGUGGGACGCCUCCGCCACCUCCAGCCCCGCCCUCGCCACCUUCAACCAGAGGGGAGAGUUGGGCAUCCCUAGCUCCUUGGAUGUGGUGGGCAGUGAGCCAGACCACAUGGUGACCUCGUUCAGCACCGGACACAUCGGACUCUUCAACCUGGAGACCCAGCAGCUGGUACUGAAGAUGGAUUCACACGCUACCUCAGACACCCCCUGCAGAAUCAACAGAGUGCUGAGUCACCCUACUGUACCCAUCACCAUCACUGCCCAGGAAGACAGACACAUCCAGUUCUUUGACAAUAACACAGGUAAAGUGAUCCACUCCAUGUUGGCUCACUUGGACGCUGUCACCUGUUUAGCUGUUGACCCCAAUGGACUUUACCUGCUGUCUGGGAGCCACGACUGCUCGGUCCGCCUCUGGACCAUGGAGACCCGGACCUGUCUGCAGGAGUUCAGUGCGCACCGCAAGAAGUUCCACGAGUCCAUCCACGCCGUGGCCUUCCACCCCACCCAGUGCUACAUCGCCAGCGCCGGGGCCGACGCCCUGGCCAAGGUGUUCGUAUGACCUCUGACCCAUCCUAUGACCUCCGACCCCGACCCCAUCGUAGGACCUCAACCACGCCGAAGUAUCAUAUGACGUUUGACCCCAGAACUGACCCUCCAAGUCGGGUCAACCACACUGGCUCUGGCACAGGUUUCUGAACAUGGACUGCUUCUUGGUUCUGGUCUAGUGUCCUGGAAAUGGCCUGAUUCUAGGUUGUGGUCUAAGGUUCUAGGCAUGGACUGGUUCUAGAGGAUGAAGCUGUGGUCUGGGACCCAUCAGGGGCUGAAAACAAGGAGGUAGAAACCUGGACCAGAGGAUUUGAUCCCUCCAACACUCAUGGAUAACAGUGAUCAGGUGUCGAUCAAAGACAUUAGCUUGUGUUGUUUAAUGGGUUAUUUGCCUAGCAGUGCGUUACAAGUAUUUCUCAGUAUUUAUAAGUAGUCUUUGGAUGUGCAGGGUUUGGGUCUAAUACUUCCUGGGACUGCAUUUCCCCGGUGACCAAGGGGUCGAAUCCCUCUAGACGAAUGAUGGUGCCCGGAUGAAUAAAUGAAUGAUCACCUCCACUAACCCUAACCCUCUAUAACUCACCCCAACCCCUCCACUAACCCCCUCUAUAACUCACCCC